CUUGAUAUGAUUGGUUCUUAUCGAGUCUGGGCGUUAGAGGAGAUCGGGAAUGAGAAAAAAAAAGCAGUAAAAAUAGAGCAGAGCCCCAAAACUCACGACUAAUACCCAUUUAUUUGGGAUGGCCGUGGAUGUGGCGUGACGUCCCGGCAGGCUGGGUGUUCGGCUGCACGGAAAAACACGGAGGACAAUCCGUGAGGAUUACCGCAAAGGAAAGGCGGAGAAAUAAGCAGGACUGUCCGGAUUACUCUCGUUGGAAAAGGGAAAACAAAUGAGGGCAAUUUCCAGGGAAGUGAGGAUGAGCUGAACGCCAAAAAAAGGAGCUGAAGUGUUUAUAUGGAAGCGGAUGGGGACCAUUAGUCCGGACCUGGACGGAUGUUUAUAUUCCUGGACGACGUUUUAAAUGCAUUUAAAAAAUCCCUAAUUUCUCCACUCAGGACAUACUCGUACAGCACGUCCCAGAAAACCGAGCCAGUACACCGGGCAUCAACACGGAGAUCUGCUGUUCGUGCCGAUGCCAACGGCAGACUGUAGCUUGUUCCAUCAUGGCCGGAUCAUGAGGUGUUUGACUUAUCUGCUACUACUUCCAGAAACACUGAAAAAGUCCAAGAAGCUCCCGGGGAGGCUGCCGGCAUGUUAUGAGAUCCUGACUUUAUCCCUGUCGAGCACCAAGAAGAAGCAGCAGAAAGAGGAGAAGACGACGAAGAUGGCUGCGGAGUUGUUCUCUGCCGCCGGUCCCAACAGCACCAACCUGGCCAACGGCACCACGGUGGCGGAUGCGGAGAAGGCUAAGGAGGCUGUGUGCCUGGCGAACAGCGGCGGCGGCAACGGCAACACCGGCGGCCUGCGCAGCGGCAGCGCGGCCAGCACUCCGACCAGCCAGCAGAACAUCAACAACAACAACGUAGAUCCACCCAGCUGGCAAUGCAGCCACCCCACACUCAGAGAGAGGAAUGCCUUGAUGUUUAACAAUGAGCUGAUGGCUGACAUUCACUUCAUCGUGGGGCCCCUGGGGGCGUCACAGAAAAUACCUGCUCACAAGUACGUCCUGGCCGUGGGAAGCUCCGUCUUCUGCGCCAUGUUUUAUGGUGAUUUGGCCGAGGAGGAGUUGGAAAUCCAUAUCCCAGAUGUGGAACCUGCUGCUUUUCUAAUUCUGCUGAAAUACUUGUACAGCGACGAGAUUGACCUGGAGGCGGACACGGUGCUGGCCACUCUGUACGCCGCCAAGAAGUACAUCGUCCCAGCGUUGGCCAAGGCCUGUGUCACCUUCCUGGAGACGAGCCUGGAGGCCAAAAACGCCUGCGUACUGCUCUCCCAGAGCCGGCUGUUUGAGGAGCCGGAGCUGACGCAGCGCUGCUGGGAGGUCAUCGACGCCCAGGCCGAGCUGGCGCUGCGCUCGGAGGGAUUUUGCGAGAUCGAUCUGCAGACGCUGGAAAUCAUCCUGCAGAGGGAGACGCUCAACACGGACGAAGUGGUGGUGUUCGACGCGGUCAUGAACUGGGCUGCGGCAGAAUGCAGAAGGCAGGGUCUGGGGGCCACCACAACCAACAAGAGAGACGUCCUGGGCAAGGCGCUGUUCCUGGUGCGGAUUCCCACCAUGAGCGUGGAGGAGUUCGCCAACGGAGCAGCGCAGUCCGACAUCCUGACCCUGGAGGAGACGCACAACGUCUUCCUGUGGUACACAGCGGCCAAGAAGCCCAUGUUGGACUUCCCCCUGACGCCGAGGAAGGGCCUGUCCCCGCAGAAGUGCCACCGCUUCCAGUCGUCCGCCUACCGCAGCAACCAGUGGCGCUACCGGGGCCGAUGCGACAGCAUCCAGUUCGCCGUGGACAAGAGGAUCUUCAUCGCCGGGCUGGGGCUGUACGGGUCGAGCGGCGGCAAGGCCGAGUAUGCCGUGAAGAUCGAGCUCAAGAGGCAGGGGGCGACCCUGGCUCAGAACCGCACCAAGUUUGUGUCGGACGGUUCCAGCAGCACGUUCCCCGUGUGGUUCGAGCAUCCCGUCCAAGUGGAACAGGACACGUUCUACACAGUGAGCGCCGUGCUGGACGGGAACGAGCUGAGCUACUUCGGUCAGGAGGGCAUGACGGAGGUCCAAUGUGGGAAGGUGACUUUUCAGUUCCAGUGCUCCUCAGACAGCACCAACGGGACGGGAGUGCAGGGAGGGCAGAUCCCAGAGCUGGUGUUCUACGCCUGAGCUGCUUACGCCGCCUUCUAGCCUUCAAGCUAAUGUAGCAUUCAGACAUUCUGUUAACGUCACAUUAACUAGCCUGCGUAGUUCCUCCAGAGACAAUUUUAAAAGCAACAGGAGCCGUUUUAUUCUAUUUAAUUUAAGGUUAUUAUUGUUUUCUUUAUUUAAGUGCUGAUUAAAGGUUAUUUACUCUGCUGCUUGUGUCGAAGGGCUGCAUCUGCUGUGGAAAUCAACACUCGUACUGUGCUUAUGUAAUCAAACCUGGAGUGAGUAGAGACUGCUUUAAGACGUAGUUUAAUACAAGGUCGUUCUUACAGUUACAGCAGCAAUAUUCCACAAGGAGCGACCUUAAUGUAGGGUUCCGAGUAGACAUAGAGGAAGAGACGGAAAGCUCUUCACUAACGGUGGCUUUGCACUUCAGAGGACGACCUCAAACAUUUUUGUCUUUUGUAAAAUACAAUACAACUGUUGGCAGCUUGAUGCUGUUAAAAACCUGAUGUAUUCUGUCCAAGAAUGCUUACACACCUCAUAAUAAAAUGUUAAAGUUAUAACGUAAA